AUGGCCGACCGCCAAACCUCUCCUACUCUCAUGGCUUCUUCGGCGCAACGCAAGCCACAUAUGUCCAUAACACUGCCUCGCAACUUCGCUCCGUUACGACUUGAUGCUGGCGAUGACCCAAGAACACCGGAUCAGACCUUCGCCGAGCUCAAGCUACCUCCUCCACCCCGUCACUCGACCUGCCGAAUUCGACGCACGAGAAUCGACCUGGACGGGUUCCAGGCGCGUAAUAACGCGCUUCCGGCUACACUCUUCGCUUCAGACAUCCCUAUUCCUUCCAGCGCCCAGUCUACAAAGACCGAGUUCCACCUGGAUGCCGAACUUCCCCUACCGUCGAUUGAAACACACUCUGUUCUGGCCAGACCACCCUAUACCUACAGUAUGACCGACCCUUCGCCCAUCGACAACCUUAGACUGUCAACAUUCAGAGACUCACAACUUCCACGGACACCUCUAUCACAAACUAAGGCUGUUUCGGCGGAAUACAAGCACAGUGCAUGGGAUAUGCAUCGGUCAUCGUCAGAGUGUUCCAUUCGAUCCGACUCGUCCGAGUAUUCAUCAGAAACAUUCACAACUCGUCCUACUUCGUUUGAUGGCAGUGCCACAAGCCCCGAUCUGGAAUCACAGGAUCCGUUUUGCCAAACCAAAGUCAACAUCAUCCCGGACACUCCCUCGAGAAGAAGCAAGAAGUUACGGAUCAACACACUCAUGUCCAAGGGCAACGUCCAGUGGAGUAUUGAGAUGGACAACCAUUUGUUCAAUGUCUAUCAAAUGUAUCUGGCCGAUCCCACCGUCACACCUUUCAAGACCGUGCCAGGAAGCAUUCCCCCCACAGGCGUCUGUCAUCGAGUGGCCAGAAGGGCCAAAGAAACAUGGCCCAAAGCAAGCAGAAUCUCCCGCCCGCUCAUUCGGAGAUACAAGAUGCGAAAUGUCAUUGAAAGCCGCAACUUUGUCAGAGACAGAACCCCGGAACCCAAUGAUUUUCUGCGAACGGACCACAAUGAUGCAAGAAAUGCCUGGCCAUCGGAGUCGGCUACAAGAAGACGACUGAAACAAUUAUGCAAGGAGAAAUUCACCAUUUCUGCCCAUUAUCAACGACUACGCGAAUCGAGGAGUCCUUCACCCUUCCAUGAACAAUUUACACGACGACCCUCGUCGAGACUGACUCGGUCCAUGUCUCAACAGGCUGAUCCUGAAGCAUCCACUAUCUACGCCACAAGAGAACUUGGGAUUUCCCUUGUGGCCAGUGGAGCAACGGCCCCUUUGGCUCAGCUAGUGACCGGGGAGUCUCCUCCAACCGAGCAGAUGUCGGAUGAUUGGUUCAACACUCCCAUCAACAACACCUCCGACGCCAUGUCCUUGACAACUCCCGCGGGCUUGGGCAUCGAGACGGAAGCAGACAAGCUGAAGGUUGCCAGCAACAUUCCACGUCUCGCAUCACCGUUCAAUUACAGCACUUGGAAUGGUUCCAGCAAUAACAACCCAAAGCAUCGUCGACAUAUCAGUCACAAUCAAUUUGGAACGAUCCAUGCCACUGGGUCCAGAUUGUUGUCGCCGUUCAAGUUGGAACAUGACGUGUCGCUCAAUGUCAACAAGCGACGUGCGCAGCACAAUUUGGAAGACGAGUUGAGCCCGAGCGGGAGCAAUAUCAGCAACAAACUAGGCACCAAUCUGAAUCUAGAUGUCCCCACACCGACUACGUUCGAGGCUCCAAAACCCGAAGCUCGACCAGAGUUGACCUUUACGGGAGUGGGCGACAUUAGCCAACGGAGAAUACGCGUUCGAAGUCGAGGUGCGACGUUAGGUGCUGUGAACAAUCGGGAACAAAUUGAACGAAUGUUCACUCCACCCACGUUGCAUACCCCUGACACGCCGGAUGAGUCCGGCAUUCCACCUGUCCCAGCUUUGCCUCCAUCUCUCGCAGCUUUGGCACAUCCUGUGAGGCCUACUGUUUCUUCCAGCCUUGCUCCUCCUGAGGUCGACCCGACACAGAAACGCCUGGGAAGUCCAUUCGAGCUUGAUCCGACCAAGAGAAGCUAUCGAGCAAAGAACCCCCGACAUGUGCCGAGCCUAAGCGAUCCUUUCAUCAACACCACUGCAUUUGCAACCAUGCCCAGUCAUGGACACACCAGUAGCAUGAGCAUUGGAGAGAGAUUGGCCAUGUUCAGCACUUUCCAUCCUAGUCAUUAUCAGCGACAGGUGUCGAAUUUACCGCCGAAAGAUGAUCCUUUCACAUGA